AUGUGUUCUCAAAUCGCCUACCAUGUGUUAGAAAUAGCUCUGCACACAGUUCAAAGAAUCGAACAUCUGAAGUCUAUGAUAAUACAAACUUUCGAUUCUCAAAAUUGCAGCGUAGUUUCCGAGAAUUUAAAGAAAUGUAUUUCCUACCACAUCGAGAUACUGAAUUUAGUGUCCAAUAUAGAUCACACCUUUUCCACCAUCAUGUUGGUACAUUUCUUGUUGACUAGUUCAGUUUGUGCUUUUAUAGAAAUGACAAUUGCAGAAGGUCGUCAGGUGUUGAUGGGGUGUUCUCACAUGGCGAUGUGGAUUACAGCUUUAUACUUUGUGUGUUUAGGAGGACAACGCAUUAUGGAUGCUACUGGAUCUGUCGCAGACGCUUUGUGGGCUUCUGAAUGGUACAACAGCGACACUAGUUGCCAGAAAGCUGUACUUCUCAUGUUGCAAAGAUCUCAAAAAACCAGUCGUUUAACAGCUGGUCCCUUUGGAAUUCUACAGUUACCACUUUUUGUUUCGGUAAAAUAA